UACAAAAUGCCCCUGUCAACAAUAGCAGACGCUCUCAGAAUUCCUUGUUUUGACAGUCUGUCACUAUCUAAGGUACUGCAAAGAAGAAUUCCACAAGCCAUCACACACAUUUAUGGAGAGAUGACCGCACUUCAUAAGAGACAGUUUUGGUGUAAAGUUGAUCCAAAGGGGUUGGCAAUGUAAAAAGUUAGAUGCUGACAUGAGCUGUUUGGUCGUUCACCUUAACCAAUAGGCAAAGAUACAAUGUAAAACAAAUCUGUGUGAACAACAUGGAGCAGAUGGAAAAGUACAAUGCACAGACUGUACAGCUUAUAAUUUUAUGAAGAACCUGAACAUUGAAAAUGGGCUGCCAUCAAUCUGUCAACAAUGACGAUCAGGUGAAAAUGACUAAAUAAAAAUGUGUAGGUGAAAGUACAUGGAGAAACUUUGGUGCAGGUCUAGUCAUUAUAAUGUUACAUUGUGUUAUGUGACGGAACAUGCAUUUAUAUCUAUCAUUUUGAGGUUGUGGUAAAAAACAGGAUUUUACAACUGAACAAAGAGGAAUUACUAUAUCACUUUUAAGACUGUAGGAUUGGUAGUGAUAAAUUGUGUCAAGUGGAUUAAGUCUACUUCAGAGUCCAAUGGAUAAAAAAGAACCAGCUGACAACUACAGUGGAUAUCUUGGACAUGAUCCACUAAAUGUUGCAGUUUCCACGGCAGAUGUUAAAUUUACUGACUACCUACAUCCUUUAGCAAGAGAUUCACAGGAAGUGGAUAAGAAAACAGCACCAGUUCCACAACAUCCACACAAAGAAAUUAGAUAUCCACAGAUAAAUAGUGUUCAGAAGAAACCAGUGAAUAUGAGGGAGUUAAGAUUUGAUUCUGGUGUGUCUGACCUUGACCAGUCCCUGUCUCCAGUAACUGGUACCCCAUCACCCAAUGCAACGUUUCGUCCUAUAAGUACAAAUAAAACAUAUGACUAUGCUGAGUAUGGAUCACAUCAAUAUGAAGAACUGCCACAUUCCAGAUUACAACCCAAUGGGCCACAAAUGUCACCAUGUUCUUCAUCAUCUGAUAAUCAGUCGUCUACUGGUACCAACGUGACGAUUUCUGAUGUUCCAUCCGAUGCUGGAGACACAGCAAAUAUUGUUAGAAGUCAGAGUCAGAAAGAUGAGGAGCAAAGAAAAAGAUACAAUCCACUGUAUGAUACGAUGAUCAAUGCAACACCCAGUAUAUACAAUAAAGUCAGAGUUACUAGAGAAAGCAUGUUACAGACCCAGAUCAGACUCCUUAGAAUAAUUGUAGUAUUUUUGAUCUUCAUCUCCUGUGUCUCACUUUCCAUCAGUUUAUACCUCAUCAUCUCAAAUUCAUCAGACUCAUCAGUACAGAAUCUCCAGGGUGAAUUAUCAUCAAUGAAAGAAAAAUACAAUGAUAUACAAAACAGAAUAAAGCAAGUUGAGAGUUUAAUGGCUGGUAAUUUGUCAUUUGAACAUUUGGCCCGAUUGGGUGAAAAGGUAUAUGACCUUGAAUCAGUAGUGACAUCCAACUUUAGUACAGUGGAUAAGAAAAUACAAAUAACAAAUAGUGCUGUGACUUUAAAUCAGGGAAAUAUUUUAUCUGUGUCUCAGAACUUCACAUCUACUCUUAGUGAAAUGAACAAUACAGUGCAGGAUCAACUAGAUAUAAUCAGCAAAAUGCCUGGACCACAGGGACCUGAAGGUGUAGGCAAUUUGACAGCAUGUUUCCUGCAGGAAUAUUCCCAAGGAUCACGAAUACAGGAAGAUCAAACAGAGACAGAUGAGUUUCCAUUAGAUAGUGAUCUCAAGACAAAAGUUGUGAUGUCAGCCUAUUGUUCAGUAGUGAAUGGAUUAUAUACUAGAAUGGAAGUGAGAAGACCUUCACAGACAGACUUUAAAACAGUUAAAUAUCAUUGUAUAUGUUCAGGGGCUGUCGCAGGAAAAAGUAACAGAUAUUGUAAAAUCUUCUUAUGGUUAUGUCCGCGGGAAAGUUUUGGUGGAAAUACGUGAAGGAAAUUGUUCAACAGAAUUUUCUUAGAUUACAUUGUUUAACAUUGCUGAUUACUCAAAUUAAAACAGCAACGUUUCACUCAAGACGGAACUAGGUUAAAUCCAGUGCUACUAUUCACAAAGAACUGUUCUUGUCUGUGGCAUUCACUAUCUAAAGGUUUUUCUUUAAAUGUCAAAAGCUAUCAUGAUAACAAGCAAGUAUUGUGAAACCUACAAGAGUACUUUCAGGCAUUAGAUUACCUGCUGUAAGUGUAGUGGUGCAUACUAUACCAUGCAGCCAGUUCAGUAUUGUAUUUUUUUGCAAUAAGGUGCUAUGUCAUUCCAUUAUUUAUAAUGUUCAUAGUUGGGCAUUUUAUGUGAUAUUAUAUUGUCUCAAUUAUAUUUCAAAUAGGCAUGUGCAUUACACUGCUUGGUAUUCAUACUUUAAGCACUGCAGGAAGGUGUAUUAAUGAGUCAAAACAGGUAACAAUACAUGCAGCACAAAAGAGCGGACUAGAGGGUUAAAACUUCAUAUCUUAAUAUAGUCGUUUAGAUAAAUGGUCUUUUAAAGGAUGGGGAAAACUGUUUUGAAAUAAAUGUGUUACAUUCUAUUGGAUUAAUGGGAGAAAAUUAGACCCAUCAAAUCUGAGACAAUAGACCACUUUCGAGUUCAUCCUUCACCGGCAAAAACUCGUCAAUUAUGCACGCCUUUAUGACGUCAUUUACCAGAUAGAGGGGCUCGCCUGUAUCCCUGCACUAUUUACGUUCAUCAAGCGUCUAAGUGAUCGUUUUUGUGCAGGAUAAACUAGAAAUAAUGGUUGCUCUGUA